AUGUUCCAAAUCCUCACUUUUUUCUUUUAUUUUUUCCUCUUGCUCGCGUUCUCCUUCUACUUUUACACGAAAAAAGUCGCUUUCACCUACUGGACUCGGCGAAAUGUGCCUCAACUCGCUCCGACAUUCCCGCUUGGCGACUUACAUUCGAUGAUGAAGCAAAAAUUGGGUCUCGGCGCAUUUUGGGCAAAAUUAUAUCACGAAACAAAAUCUCGUCCUUUUAUCGGAUUUUAUGCCUUGACAAAGCCCGCGUUGGUCGUUAACGAUGGAAAUUUAAUGAAAAAUAUCCUCGCACGGGACGCUGCAAUGUUUCCGGAUCGCGGUACCUAUUCGGACGACAAACGAGAUCCCUUGAGCGGCGGCUUGUUUAACCAAUCGGGCGAGAAAUGGCGACACAUGCGAACGAAAUUGACCCCUUCCUUCACCUCGGGCAAGCUUAAGGGAAUGUUCCAGACCAUGCAGGACUGCGGAUUGCGCUUAAAAUCGUUUAUUUUGACGGCAGCGGAGCGCAAUGAGACUCUGGAGAUGCGGGACUUGAUGGCAAGGUUCACAACGGAUGUCGUGGCUUCCGUGGCAUUCGGGAACCAAAUCGACAGCAUCAACAAUCCACACGAAACGUUUCGUGAAAUGGGCAGAAAAACCAUCGGAUUGACGUUUAAAAACUUGUUUCGUCUCGGAUCGUUGCUUUUGGCGCCAAAUCUGCUAAAAAUCACGCGAAUGAAGUCCGUUGACGACGACGUGGAGGAAUUUUUCACGCAACUCGUGCAGAAAAAUCUCGAAUAUCGCGAAGGAAAUCGCGUUUCUCGAAAAGAUUUUCUGCAACUUUUGAUCCAAUUACGAAAUUCGGGCAGCAUCAAGCUCAACGACGACUGGGACACGACGGUAUCGCAGCAGAAAAACUUAUCGUUGAACGAAAUGGCGGCACAGGCAUUCACUUUUUACGUUGCUGGCUUCGAAACGUCCUCGACCACGAUGUCCUUUUGCUUGUACGAACUUGCCAAGAAUCGGGCGGCGCUGGAAAAAGUUCAACGUGAAAUUGAUCGCGUUUUAAACCGCUACGAUGCUGAAUGGAGUUACGAUGCGUUGCAAGAAAUGAAUUAUUUGGAAAAUUGUAUCGACGAAACUUUGCGGAAAUAUCCGCCGCUUCCGAUUUUACAGAGAUCCUGCAUUCAAAAGUACAAAAUCCCCGAUUCGGGAGUCACAAUUGAGCCGGGAACGUUGGUUAUCCUUCCGAUAAUUGGAAUUCAGCGAGAUCCCUUGUACUUUCCGGAACCGAUGAAAUUUAUUCCGGAACGAUUUACGGACGUCAAAUAUGCGGAAGUGCUGAAAAAAGCUUAUUAUCCGUUUGGAGAAGGACCGAGGGCUUGUAUUGGAACGAGAAUGGGGAAACUUAUGACCAAAAUAGGACUUGCGACGAUUUUGGCUAAAUUUGACAUUCAACUGGGAUUACAACAUGAGGCGGAAGGAGAGCUCGAAAUUAGUAGGAAUUCAAUUCUUUUGGCGCCAGAAUAUGGAAUUUUUCUUAAAGCCAGUGUGCGGGAUACCACUUAUUUUGUAAGGCGUGCCUCGAAAGCUAUUUAAACAUUUUUUUUUUAAUUAAAGGCUAUUUAAAAUUAAAUUUAAAAAUGAAGUGCUAACUUUUGAAAAGAAAAAAAAAAUAAAAUGGGAAGUGUUUUUUUUAUUUUAUUUAUUUAGGCCGCUCCAAAUGAAAAUCAAAAAUAAAAUCCGAUGCCCCAUUUUAAAAGUCGAAAAUCCAAAAAAAAGUUAAAAAUUUCAUGAAA